AUGCCACGCAAAACAGCAGAUUCAGCAGUUCAUCAAGAGGGCCGUAUCUUGCUUGCAAUUAAAGCUUUCAAUGAUGGUCAAUUUAAAAGCAUACAGGCUGCUGCACAGGCAUAUAAUGUGCCACAUCCAACACUCUACCACCGCCUACGCGGGCGUACUGCACGCGUAGAUGCAACACCAAACAGCAAAAAGCUCACUACCACUGAAGAAUCUAUGCUUGUCAAAUGGAUAUUAUCUAUGGACCAACAGGGACUACCACCACGAAUCACCAUUUGUUGGGUCCGAAGAUUUAUCAAUCGCCACCAUGAGCUCAAAUCCAAAUAUAGCCGCAGACAUGAUCAUCAACGGGCUCUAUGUGAGGAUCCAAAGCUUAUUAAAGAGUGGUUUCAGCGUGUUCUUGAGGCUGUACAAAAAUAUGGCAUUACUAAACAGGAUAUCUACAACUUUGAUGAGACUGGCUUUUCAAUGGGCAUGAUAUCAACAGCAAAGUUGUUACUGGCUCUGAAUCUAGGGGCCGGCCUAAAGCAAUACAACCAGGGAAUCGAGAAUGGGUGA